AUGUGUAGUAGUAGUAGUAGUAGUAGUAGUAGAAGUUUGGAGGAAGAAGAAGUCGUGCAACGAGCGAUGCGUUCGUUGAUGAGGAAGAAAUCAGAGGAGGAGGAGGAAAAGGAGGGAGAGAACGUGAUGACGAGGUUGGACGAGUACGCGAGAACUUUGGUGGAAGCGUCGAGUUGGUCAACAGGAAACCAAACAGAAGAAGAAGACAAAGAAGAAGAAGACAAAAGAAAAGUUUCUUCUUCGUCAUCACUUUUAGCCACGUCAUUCGCCUUGGACGCGCUCGUUCUGAGCAGAAUGUUUACGUUGAUGCGGAAACGAGAGCCUCCGGGCUCGGAAACCAUGGGCAUCGCACGACAAAUAGUAAACAUCUCCUUCCUCGGUUUAGACACGAGAACGCUGAGGAUACGGGAUUGGCCCAGAGGCACGGCGAUUUUUGACGUGCAACCGAAAGAGUGCAACGAGUAUUUAACGCCGAGGAUGAAGUUGAUGAACGCGAAAGUGACCAGAGGGAGCUCGCUGAGACGAGUCGAUUUCGAUUUUAUGAAUGUCGAGAGGAAGAGUUUGGAUAAGAAAACGUACCUCGAAGACGCGCUGAGGAAAGAAGGUUUCCGCGAGGAAACGCCCACAAUUUGGAUAUGUGAAGAUUUAGAAGAACUAAUCCACAGCGAGGCGACAAAAAUGAGCGACUUUGUGGAGGAAAUUUGCGAUUUGAUGUCUCGAGAGUCUGAAUGUUGCGGCUCCGCGAAAGGCGUUGACGCUCGUUUACAAAACACCAUCAAAGCUCUAUUCGCUGCAAAUGGCGCGAUGUGUUCGUUCACGGAGGAAGAGAACGGAUGCGUGCUAUUCUCGGCGAUCAAAAUGCGACGUUCGGCGCGAGAGGAGGAGUAUUACAGAAACGCGUUGAUGGACGCGCUGGAAGAAAUCGACGAAGACGGUUGGGAAGACUAA